AUGAACAUUUCAGUUCCUAUUGGUACUGAGGUUGACUCAGUAUCUUUCUCUUUUUAUGAGCCCAAUGAAAUAAGAAAGAUUUCUGUCAAGCAAAUUGUUAACCCUGUACUUUUUGACACUUUGGGUCACCCUACUAAAGGUGGUCUUUACGAUCCCGCCCUCGGUCCUUAUCAAAAGACACAAAUUUGUGCUACUUGUUCUCAAGAUCACUUUAACUGUCCCGGUCACUAUGGUCAUAUUGAAGUGCCUAUUCCCGCUUAUAAUCCCAUGUUUUUCGACAACCUUUAUGCUGUUCUUCGUGCCAAGUGUGUCUAUUGUCACCAUUUCCGUAUUUCCCGCGCAGUGAUGAAGCGCUUUUCAGGUCAAUUGAAAUUAUUACAACAUGGUCUUAUUCGUGAAGCUCAAGCUUUGGAAGAAGUCUAUUUCGACCAAAAAAAGAUCAAGAAGGAAAAAGAAGACGAAACUUUGGAAGAUAAAAUGGAAGAAGACAGUCUUUUAAUCGCCAGUGCUGAUGAAUACAUUGAUUAUAUUGAAACUUUUGUUAAAAACUCAUUAGCCGAUGAAGAAGCUCGCCGAUUCGCAGCCAACCAUUACAAGAUCACUGUGAUUAAUGAAGUGCGCAAGAAGAUCAUGGCUGACUUCAUGAGACUUUGUCUUCACACCAAGAAAUGUCUUAAUUGUCAAGGUAUUUCUCCUCCUAUUCGUCGCGAUGGUGCUGCCAAACUUUUCCAACUUCAACUCAGCAAAAAGGAACAAGCUCAUAUGGACCGCAUUAAGAACAACCUUGGAUUUGAUGAUGAAGUGAAGGGUUUCAACAGCAAUGGCCAGCGUUUCAUGACGCCUUAUGAAGUUCGCAAGCAAGUUCAGGCUUUGUUUGAAAAGGAAGGUGAAGUAACUACUUUGUUAUACGGUGCUCGUGAUCCUCGUGUCCCUUCUUUUAUCAAGAAAGCCACUUAUCAUAUGUUCUUUAUUGAAACUUUGGCUGUUGCACCUACUCGUUUCCGUCCUCCUUCUGUCAUGGGUGAUAAAAUCUUUGAAUCUCCUCAAAAUGAACUUUUGUCUGCUAUCUUGAAAGGUAGUCACCUUGUGCGCGACUUUUCUGAAGAACUUCAAAAGGCUUCUGAAGAAGAUUCCGCUGACAAGAAUAAGAUUGAGCGUAUCCGUAACAACUUUGUUGAAGCUAUCAUUAACCUUCAACAUGCUGUCAACUCUUUUAUUGAUUCCACAAAGAACCCUACUCAAGUGGCUCAAGGUAAAACCAAUCCUCCUGGUAUUCGUCAAGCAUUAGAAAAGAAGGAAGGUUUAUUCAGAAAGCACAUGAUGGGUAAGCGUGUUAACUAUGCUGCUCGUUCCGUUAUUUCGCCCGAUCCUUUUAUUGAAACAUCAGAGAUUGGUAUUCCUCCUGUCUUUGCCACCAAGUUGACAUACCCUGAGCCUGUUACUCCUCAUAAUUUUAAGGAAAUGAGACAAGCUGUUAUCAAUGGUCCCAACAAAUGGCCUGGUGCUACUCAUGUUCAAAAUGAAGAUCAAUCCAUUGAUGUACUUGCAGAUUUGAGUAUCGAAUCCCGUAUUGCUCUUGCCAACUCUCUCUUGGCUCCUCAAAGCUCUACUACUACUCAAACUGGCAACAACCCUUAUCCUACUCGUACUCAAACAGUCAACAAGAAGGUCUUCCGUCACUUGCGUAAUGGUGAUAUGCUUUUGCUUAACCGUCAACCUACACUUCACAAGCCCUCCAUCAUGGCUCACAAGGCUCGUGUCUUGCCUGGUGAAAAGACAAUUCGUAUGCACUAUGCCAAUUGUAACACUUAUAACGCUGAUUUUGAUGGUGAUGAGAUGAACAUUCACUUUCCUCAAAACGAAAUUGCUCGUGCUGAAGCUUCUUUCAUCGCCAACACCGAUAACCAAUACUUGGUUCCUACCAGUGGUGACCCUCUCCGUGGUCUUAUCCAAGAUAGUGUUGAUUCUGGUGUAUGGAUGAGUUGUCGUGAUACUUUCUUUACAAGAGAUGAAUACCAACAACUUUUGUAUGGUUCUCUUCGUCCUGAAAUUGAUGGUACAGGUGGUGGUAAGAUUCAAACUUUGCCUCCUAUUAUCCUUAAGCCUCAACCUUUAUGGACUGGUAAGCAAGUUCUCUCUACUAUCUUGAAGAACUUGACUUGGGGUAGUGCUCAACUCAACAUGACUUCUAAGAGUAAGGUCCCUGCUCGUUUUUGGGGCCCUAAUGCCAAGGAAGAAGAAAUUGUAAAUGUAAUGGAUGGUGAAUUAUUGCAUGGUAUUUUAGAUAAGUCUCAAUUUGGUGCUUCUUCUUUUGGUCUUGUGCACUCUAUCUAUGAAAUCUAUGGUCCUGAAAAAGCUGGUAUGCUUCUGAGUAUUUUGGGUCGUCUCUUUAUCAAGUUCAUUCAAUCCCAUGGUUUUACCUGUCGUAUGGAUGAUUUGAUCUUGACAAAGGAAGGUGAUAAAUGGCGUCGUGAUUUGCUUGAUGGCGGCAAGGGCCUUGGUGAUGAAGCUCAUUUGGAAUUCCUUGGUUUGGCUGAUACUGCUAAAACUGCCAACCCUUCUGUUCUCGCUAAAGAAUUUAAACUCCGUAUGAACGAAGUCAUCCGUGAUGAUAACAAAUUAGCUGGUUUGGAUAACGCUAUGAAGGCCAAGGUCAACAAAUUGACUUCUUCAAUCACACAAACCUGUCUUCCCAACGGUCUCUUCCGUCCCUUUCCUAAGAACGACAUGCAAAUGAUGACUGUUUCUGGUGCCAAGGGUUCUAACGUCAAUGCUACCCAAAUCUCUUGUUUGCUUGGUCAACAAGAACUUGAAGGCCGUCGUGUACCUCUCAUGGUGUCUGGUCGUUCGCUUCCUUCUUUCCGUCCUUUCGAUACAAGCGCACGUGCUGGUGGUUUCGUCACCGGUCGUUUCUUAACGGGUAUUCGUCCCCAAGAAUAUUAUUUCCAUUGUAUGGCUGGUCGUGAAGGUUUGAUUGAUACUGCUGUCAAGACAUCUCGUUCCGGUUACUUGCAACGUUGUUUGAUCAAGCAUCUUGAAGGCUUGCGUGUUCACUAUGAUCACACUGUGCGUGAUUCCGAUGGUUCCGUCUUACAAUUCCAUUACGGUGAAGACUCUUUGGAUGUCAUCAAAGCCAAACAUAUCAACCAAUUCAGUUUCUCUGCUCAUAACUUUGAAGCUCUUUCUCAAAAAUACAACCCUAAAGCUGCUCUUGAGUCGCUGGAGACCAAGAAGGGUGAAGAUUACGCCAAGAAGGCACUCAAGAAGCCCAACAAGUACGACCCUGCCCUUUCUGUCUACAAUCCUGGUACUCACCUUGGUGUUGUUUCUGAGCGUUUCGCCAUUGCUAUGAAGGAUUAUAUGGAAAAGAACCCUGACAAGAUGCCUUUUGAAAAGGAUGCUGAGGUCUCCAAGAAUACAGCUCGUUAUGCUGGUUUGACAAAGAGCAAGUUCAAGGCUUUAAUGAACUUGAAGUAUCUUCACAGUUUGGUCGAACCUGGUGAAGCUGUUGGUCUUUUAGCUGCUCAAUCUGUGGGUGAACCCUCUACUCAAAUGACCUUGAACACUUUCCACUUUGCUGGUUAUGGUGCUGCUAACGUUACCUUGGGUAUUCCUCGUCUUCGUGAAAUCAUUAUGACUGCUGCUCGUAAGAUCAAGACACCUACCAUGUUGCUGCCUCUUCGCCCUGAGACAAAUGCCAAGAAGGCUUCUCAAUUCUGUAAGGCUGCCUCUAAAUUGACUUUGGCUAAAUUGGUGGACGAUGUAUCUGUCACUGAAAAGACCACUGCCAAGUCUGCUGAAACUAAUUACCGUCGUUCCAAGACAUAUUCUAUUCGUCUCAAUCUCUUUAAUGAAAGUGAAUACAAGGAAGAAUACCGCGUCUCUGCUAACAAGAUUAAGGAAGUGUUAUCUUCUACAUUCUUGAGAGAUUUGGAAGAAUUGAUCCGUAAAGAUCUUAAGGAUACCAAGAAGGUGGAUGAUAUUAGCAAGGCUCACAAGAUGAGUGGUCUUUCUGACGAUGAUGCUAACGAAAACCUCGGCGAAGCUGCUGCUAGAGAUGGCUAUGACUCUGAUGCUGAUAAUGGAGAUGAUGCUAAGGUUUCUCGUACAACUGCUAGAAACAAGCAACAAGCCACUUAUGACGAAGCUGACGAAGACGAAGUUGUCCCCGAAGAAGCUGAUAAGUCCCUUGAAGAUGAAGAAGCAGAGUUUGAAGAAUCUGUUUUGGCAGGUGAAGACGAUGAUGAAGAAGAAAAGCCCAAGAAGUCUUCAAAGAACAAGGACCUUGAGCAAAGUAUCAUUCAAAAGAGCAAAUACACCAAGAAAUUCAUCUUCGAUGAUGUGAAUGGUGCUUUCUGUCAAAUCGACAUGGAGUUCCCUGCUGAUACCAAGAAGAUUUUGAUGGUUGGUUUGGUCGAAGAAGCCUGUUCUCGUACUGUUGUUCAUGAAAUUAAGGGUAUUCAAACCUGUUUCGAAUACGUUAACCCUACAGAGAACGAUACAUCCAAGCGUCUUCAAACUGAAGGUGUUAACUUAAGAGGAAUGUGGCCCUACUCUGACUUGAUUGAUGUGAACUUCAUUGACACUAACGACAUUGCUGCUAUCUUAAACACGUAUGGUGUUGAAGCUGCCAGAAAUGCUAUCAUUAAGGAAGUCGCUGCUGUCUUUGGUGUUUAUGGUAUUAAGGUGGAUCGCCGCCACUUGACUUUGAUUGCUGAUUACAUGACCUUUGAAGGUGGUUACAAGCCAUUCUCUCGUAUCGGUAUUGGCUCCAAUGUCGCACCUUUCCUCAAGAUGAGUUUCGAAUCUACAUGUAAAUUCUUGACUGAAGCUACUCUUCACGGUGAUUAUGAUACACUUGAUUCACCAUCAUCACGUAUUGUUGUUGGCCGUGUUGUUGAAGGUGGUACUGGUUCAUUCGACCUACUUCAACCCCUUACCUCCGAAGCUUAA